AUGACUCAGGACAUGGAGGAAUCCACAGAGAUUUUUGCAGAUAUUAACCUCACUCUUGGCAUGCUGAACAAGGAAGAUAAUGUUAGCAAGGAAGAUAUUUAUACUCAUCUUGCUACCAUUAUUCAGAAUACUGACAUCUUGGAUGAUGCAAUUGUGCAACGGUUAAUUUAUUCUGCUUCUAAGGACAUGAGAGACAACAGUAUUCUCAGAGAAAUUAGAAUGCUAGCUGGGGAGGUCUUGGUGUCCCUUGCUGCACAUGACUUCAACUCUGUAAUGUAUGAAGUACAAAGUAACUUCAGGAUCCUGGAGCUACCAAAUGAAUUCGUUGUGCUUGCCCUGGCUGAACUAGCAACCAGCUAUGUGUCCCAGAGCAUUCCCUUCAUGAUGAUGACUCUGCUCACCAUGCAAACCAUGCUCAGGCUGGCCGAGGAUGAAAAGAUCAAGGAAGCUUUCUGUCUCGCCCUUGAGAAGUUCAGCAAAGCCAUUUACAAGUAUAUCAACCACUGGAAGGAUUUCCCCUAUCCCAGACUGGAUGCCAACCGGCUAUCUGACAAGAUCUUCAUGCUGUUCCAGUAUGUCAUGGAGAGGUGGGCCCCCACGGCCUCACCCAUGCAUACUUUGGCCAUUGUCAAGGCCCAUGGCCCCACAGUGAGCCUGUUGCUACAUCGUGAGGACCUCUGUGAAUAUGCCCUGGGCCAGGUGCCCUGGCUCCUGAACCAGUACAAAGACAAGGAGACUGAUUUCCAUGUCACUCAGAGCCUAAAGCAUAUAUUGUCUGCAGCCAUCGUUUAUGGCAUUGGCCUUUCAAGGGGCUUGAGAAAAUCCAUCUUCAUCAACUUACUUCACCAGGUCUGUAGAGUUACAGAGCCUCCAGUAAAGGAAAAUCAAAUUGAAGCUUCAGACUGUUUCCUCAUUCUAGCCCAUUCCAACCCUGCAGACCUCAUAGAAUUUUUUGAUGAACAAAUGAGAAGCAAUAAUGAAGUCACCCGAACGGGAAUCUUGACUUUGUUAAGAUCGGCUAUCAAUGCUGAGGAGCCCAAGUUGAGAGAUCACAUCAUUUCAAUGGAAAGAACAGUCAAAGUCGUCAUGGGUGACCUCAGUGUAAAAAUAAGGAAUUCUACACUGCUCCUCAUCCAAAUCAUGUGUGAGAAGAGCUACAUCGAAGCUCGGGAAGGAUGGCCACUAAUUGACUAUGUCUUCGCCCAGUUUGCAAUGUCCAACAAGACUCUGGAGAAAUCGGCAAAAACAAUCUCCUGUGAGGAUGAAGAUAGAGAGAAAUCUGUCCAGGAAACAAGCCUCAUGGUGUUAAAAACUCUGGACCCCCUGGUCAUUGGAAUGCCUCAGGUACUAUGGCCAAGAAUCUUGACUUUUGUGGUCCCUGCGGAAUAUACAGGAACUCUGGAAUACCUGUUUAAUAUCAUUAGAAUUCUGAUUAUGGCAGAGGAGAGGAAGAAGCAGAAUGCCAGAGAGUCAACAGCACUUGUCAUCUCUACUGGAGCUGUGAAACUUCCCACACCACAGCAACUACUGGCCAGGCUUCUGGUAAUAUCUGUGCUCGCCGGUUUAGGGACUUUACGUGGGGUUGGUGCAAUAGGACUUUUGAAGAUCUUGCCCGAGAUCAUCCACCCAAAAUUGGUAGACCUUUGGAAUACACGUUUACCAGAGCUCCUGCAGCCUCUGGAAGGAAGGAACCCUAGUAUCGUGCUAUGGGAAACCAUGCUGCUUCAGUUGCUCAAAGAAUCUUUAUGGAAGAUCAGUGACACGGCCUGGACUAUUCAACUGAGUAAGGAUUUCAGCCAGCAAAUGGGCAGUUAUAGCAACACCUCCAUUGAAAAGAAGUUCCUUUGGAAAGCCUUGGGGACCACCUUAGCAUGCUGCCAAGAUACAGACUUUGUAAGCUCACAGGUUAAAGAGUUCCUAAUUGCUCCCACCCAACUUGGUGAUCAGCGACAGGGAAUAACUUCUAUUUUAGGACACUGUGCUGAGAGCCACUUGGAUGUCAUUUUAAAAGUUCUCAAAACAUUCCAAGAUCAGGAAAAGUUUUUCGUGAAUCGAUGUAAGGGUCUUUUCUCUGGGAAAAGGAGCCUGAGCAAGACUGACAUUAUGGUGAUCUAUGGAGCCAUGGCCCUCCAUGCUCCCAAAAAGCAACUUCUCUCCAGGGUGGAUCAAGACAUUGUGUCCCAAGUGCUGUUUCUUUACAGCCAGUGCUGUCAGGUUCUCGGCGUGUCCAUGAUGACCAAGGACAUGGAUCUACAAAUGAGUUUCACCAGAAGCAUCACUGAGAUCAGCAUCGCUGUCCACGAGGCUGAGGAGCAAUGGUUCAAGUUCUCCCACAAGGAGGUGCUGCUGGGUCACAUGCUGGACUUCAUCAGGGAUGAGCCCCUGGAUUCUUUAGCUAGCCCUGUUCGGUGGAAAGCUUUAAUUGCCAUCAGAUACCUCAGUAAACUGAAACCUCAGCUCUCCCUAAACGAUCAUCUUAAUAUUCUUGAGGAGAAUAUUCGGAGGCUGCUGCCCCUUCCACCUCUGGAGAAACUCAAAAAUGAGGGCCAGACCGACAAAGACAAGGAGCACAUUAAUUUUCUCUAUGAACGAUCCAUGGAAGCUCUAGGGAAGCUUAUGAAGACCAUGAUAUGGGAUAAUGUAAAUGCAGAGGAUUGUCAAGAAAUGCUUAAUCUUCUUCGAAUGUGGCUUGUUUCACAAAAAGAGUGGGAAAGAGAAAGAGCCUUUUAUAUCACUGGGAAAGUGCUGACAAGUGAUGUUGAGGCACCACAGAACUUCAAAAUUGGCUCACUUCUCGGGCUUCUGGUUCCCCACUCCUGUGACACCCUGCCCACCAUUCGUCAGGCGGCUACUAGUGCAGCCAUUGGUCUAUUCUGUAUGAGAGGCAUUCGCCUGGAAAUGGAAAGACUGCAGGAUUUGCAGGAAGGACUACAAUGUGAUGAUGUGCAGGUCCAGAUCAAGAUUUCUUCUAAAAUAGCUAAGAUUAUCAGCAAGUUCAUCCCAAGUGAAGAAAUCCAGAUGUUCCUGGAGGAAACACUGGAUGGCCUGGAGAGCCUCAACCCCACUUGUACAAAGGCCUGUGGCAUUUGGAUGAUUGCUGCCCUGAAGGAGCAGGGAGCUGCUUUAGAAGAUCAGCUAUUGGAGAUCUUGGACACAAUUUACCAUCACAUGCCAAUACUGAGACAGAAGGAGGAAAGUUUUCAGUUUAUGCUAGAAGCCAUCUCCCAGAUAGCCAGCUUUCACAUGGAUGCAGUUGUUGCCAACCUUUUGCAGAAGGCUCUGCCCUUUGACAGGGACACAAAGACUUUGUGGAAGUCUCUGGCUGAGAACCCAGCCUCCAGUGGUAAACUCUUGCGGGCCUUAACAGAUAAACUGGACACUAGGAUAGAAGACGACAUGGCCGGAACGGAUGCAAUUUCAGUGGCCUGUGCUAUACAUGAAGUGGUAUUAACGGGCACCCCUAUCACAGGCUUGUACCCAGAACUGUUCACUCUCCUCCUGAAGCUGGUCAGCUGCACGCUGGGCCUGAAGAUGCCCACUUCUGCCUUGAGCUGGAGGCGGCGGGUCAUGCAUCAGGGAGAACGGCAGCAGGCUGCAGACCCCUGCAGGCUGUCAACUGCAACUCUGAAAUGUGUGCAGGCCCAAGCCAUGAGAGAAGGCCUUGCAAAAGAAUCUGAAGAGGGAGACAACUUAUGGUCUCUACUCAGCAGCCCUGGCACCCACCACAUAGGAGUAUGUGCACUGGCCAGGAGCAUGGCAGUGUGGCAACACGGAGUCAUACUGAACAUCAUGGAGCAACUUUUCUCAUCUCUCACCUCUUCCUCGGAGAACUACCGGAUAACUGGCACUGCAUUCUUUUCCGAGCUUAUGAAGGAGCCAAUCCUUUGGAAGCACGGGAAUCUCCGGGAUGUGCUGAUCUUGAUGGAUCAGAGUGCCUGGGACGCCAAUGCCAUCCUGAGGCAGAUGGCUAUCCGAGGGCUCGGCAACACCGCUUCCGGAGCGCCUCACAAGGUAAAGAAGCAUAAGCUGAUCAUGUUAGAAUCUAUCAUCAGAGGCCUGUAUCACCUGGCCCGCACUGAAGUCGUCUGCGAAAGCUUGAAGGCUCUGAAACAGAUCCUGGAGCUGCUCACAGACCGAGAUGUGAGCUUCUACUUCAAAGAAAUAGUCCUGCAAACAAGAACUUUCUUUGAAGACAUAAGUGAGCCUGAACAGGAUGAUGUGAGACUGACUGCCAUCCUUUUAUUUGAGAAUCUGGCAUCACUAACAGGAAGAAGGUGGAAGAUUUUUUUUGCUGAAGAAAUAAAAAAGAGCAUGAUUUCAUUCCUUCUCCACCUCUGGGAUCCCAAUCCCAAGAUUGGUGCUGCUUGCCGGGAUGUACUGAUUGUCUGCAUUCCUUUUCUGGGACUCCAUGAACUCUAUGGGGUGUUAGACCAUCUACUUGAUGGCCAGGAUCUACCAAGGGCCAGAGAUUUCUAUAGGCAAUUCUGUGUGAAGCUGGCAAAGAAAAACCAGGAAAUUCUGUGGAUCCUCCAUACACACUCCUUUACUUUCUUCAGCAGCAGCUGGGAGAUGAUCAGGAGUGCAGCCGUCAAGCUCACAGAUGCCAUUGUUCUCAAUUUGACCAGCCAAUAUGUGGAGUUAUUAGACAAAGAACAACUGACCACCCGGCUCCAAGCACUUCGACAAGACCCCUGUAUCAGUGUCCAGAGAGCAGCUGAAACUGCCUUGCAGACCCUCCUGAGACGAUGUAAAGAGAUAAGCAUCCCUCUGUAA